AUGGAGAAGGAUGAAGUAGAAUGUGAGGCAAUGCGGCUACUGAGUGCCCCACCUCACCUUAUGUCGAUGUUGGCUCAUAAAGGAGCAGGACUUGAUCUCCCCAGUGAGGGGCAUGGAGGUGAUGCAAAUGAUGGUGGCGGUGACGGUGAUGGUGGCGGUGGUGGCGGUGACGGUGACGGUGGCGGUGGUGGUGGUGGUGGUGGUGGUGAUGAAAGGCAGCAGAAGGCAGAGGAUUGGACUAAUGCCCUGUUAUCGAAGAGGACGGAAGAUUUGGGCUUUAAGAUGGUCCAAAUAGCUGGAAGCAGGAGGGAGACUGGUAUAGCUGCCUCUCAUGCAGGCAGUCAAAUGAAGAGAGGACAACCUUAUGUACAGAUAUUUUUGGUUACAGCAAGUCCAGUCUUACUCUACUCCGAUUUAGACGGCCCUUAUGAAGUUACAGCCUCUAACACCGGAACCGCCCUAAACAACACCACUUUCCUCCUCCUCCUCCUCCUCCUCCUCCUCCUGCUCCUCAAGUCGGCUCAGGCUUGCCAACGGAAAGGUGGUCAAAGCUUGUGUGUAAAAAUGACGGGAAAAUUGGGAAGGAAAAAGCGAAAAUUAACUGCUGUUGUUGCAGCGCCAUGGUAA